UCCCAAGAGUAGCCAAACCACAUCCAUUAUUUCCAUUCAAUUAAUAUAAGAAAGAAAGGGAAAAAAGAAAGCAAAUUUGAGUUUUGAAUCAUGGCAAGCUCCUGUCCUCCUGGCAGCGGCCCUCCUGGCAGCAAACCCCCUGGCAGCGGCCCCCCUGACAGCAAGCCCCCUGGUAGCUGCCCUCCUAGCAGCGGCCCUCCUGGCAGCGGCCCUCCUGGCAGCGGCCCUCCUGGGAAAACCUCAUGGCCAGAGCUAGUAGGAAAGAAGGGGGAGGUUGCAGUGGCAAGAAUAAAGAGUGAGAACCCACACAUGAGGGACGUGUUCACAAUCAAGGAGGGCACCCCUGUCACCAAAGACCUCCGCCUCGACCGCGUCCGGGUCUGGGUGAAUGACUCUGACAUUGUCACCCUGGUCCCCACGGCUGGCUAAUAAAUCCUGUUAUUACCCAGUAAAAUAACAUGAACAAGCUCCUCAUUAGAGGAGCCCCCUCUUGUAUGAUAUGAAAUAAAAGUUAUUUUACUUUCGCUUCGUCUUAA